AUGCAUCGUCUCUUUGCUGAGCUGGAGCCAUCUUUAACCGUCACAGAGCAAAACCUGGCAGACCGAGUUCGGUAUAUCUUGCGCACAAAUAGAUUUGAUGUCGCCGAACUCGAACGGCUACGACGUGAGGCUGUUCCCUCGUCGGAUGAGAAUGCUACGGCUGAGGAUGCGGCGCCACAAAUGGUAGAGCAACCAGCAAACGUGGAUGCCGCCGUGAAUACCCCAGUUGUGGUUGAUUCAAACGAUGAUGGAACAGUCGCCCAGGAACUGGAAUUAGAGCAUAUGAGGAGUACAUUGGAAGAGGCGAUAGUGAAAACGCGCAGUACACCUCUCGAAAAUCGACCGCGACUUCCCCGCAUAGCCCUAAGCAAGCGGAAUCGGGCUGUCGUGAGGGCUCUGAACCCAAUGCUGGUGACCUAUUUGGAAGCCAGCCGGGACCUUUGCGAGAGGGACUCAAUUCUUUUUGGCGCCGCGCUGGCAGCCUGCCGUAACAUAGGCGCCAAGGUUUCCACGGCUGGACGCGCUACUGGCCAUAGUAGCGCUAUCCCAGCAUGGAGAAGAAGAAUUGAGGAACGUAUCGCAAAGGCUAGAGCUCUCAUCGGCAGACUGAUAUGCUUCAGAUCAGGCAACAACAGGCCAAGAAUUGUGCGCAACGUCAGGAUGGCGUUUGCUGGGACAAGUGUCAGUUUGUCCCAGCCGGAUAUAACGCAAAAACUGACGGAGCGCAUAGAUGAUCUGAAGCAGAGAAUCGCUGCUUGGGGAAAGCGGAUUCGGCGAUAUACCGAGAGGUCGACACGGUUCAACCAGAAUCGUCUCUUCCAGAGUGAUCAGAAGAGGCUCUAUGAAUCAUUGGAGCGACCAAUGGUAAGUGGAACGGGUCCAGCACCGAAUCAGGCCGACACUGUAGCAUUCUGGCGCGGCCUGUGGUCAGAGCCCGUAAACCACAGCGAGGGCCCUUGGACGGAAGUUGUGGCGAGUCAGUGUGCGGGUAUUACGCCCAUGUACCCCGUCAUCAUAACGCCGGAUGACGUAGCUGAGGCGGUCCGUAGGGCCCCGAACUGGAAAAGUCCGGGGCUUGAAGGGCUGCAUCACUACUGGCUGAAGGGGUUCAUGGGCCGCUGCCUGGGGGUCGCCGGGGCGCGUCUGGAGCUGGCGCUGGACGCGGCAGCAUGCGGGCCGCCAGCCGAGCGCGAGGAGCUGCAAGAUCACCUAACAGCCCCCCCGCAUCCAUCAUCCCCACCAGACGGCUUGAUGUCGGCAGGGUCCUCUCGGACUCGGCAAGCGGCAUCCGCCGCUGGUGGAGUGCGCCGCAUGCGUUGGACAAGGGAUAUGAACGCAAACGCAAUGCGGGCGUACUAUAGGGCGAAAGGGGAAGAAACUGCGGGGAUAGCGUAUCGGGCUCGGAUGCAUUGCUUUUUUGCUGAGCUGGAGCCGUCUAUUCCCGUCACGGAACAAAACCUGGCAGACCGAGUUCGGUACAUCAUGCGCUCGAAAAUAUUCGAUGAUGCCGAGCUCGAACGACUACGACGUGAGGCCAUUCCCUCAUCGAAUGAAUUGGCUACGGCUGGGGAUGAGGCUCCUCAGGCGACAGACCAGCUGCCACGCGUAGAAGCCGCCAUGGAUCUUCCAGUUGUGGGUGAUUCAGACGAUGAUGAAAUGGUCUCCCACGAACUAGAGCAAAUGAGGAGUAUAUUGGAAGAGGCGAUUUUAGAAACGCGCAGCAUGCCUCUCGAAAAUCGACCGCGACUUCCCCGCAUACCCCUAAGCAAGCGAAAUCGGGCUGUCGUGAGGGCUCUUAACCCAAUGCUGGUAACCUAUUUGGAAGCCAGCCGGGACCAUUGCGAGACGGACUCAGUUCUUUUUGGCGCCGCAGUGGCAGCUUGCCGUAUUAUUGGCGCCAAACUUCCCAUGGCUGGACGCGCUACUAAACAAAGUAGCGCCAUCCCAGCCUGGAGAAAAAGAAUUGAGGACCGUAUCGCAAAGGCAAGGGCCCUUAUCGGCAGACUGAUAAGCUUCAGGUCGGGUAAUAAUAGACCGAGGGUUGUGCGCACCGUUAGAAUGGCGUUUGCUGGGACAAAUAUCAGUUUGUCCCAGCCGGAUAUCACGCAGAAACUAACGGAGCGCAUAGACGACCUGAAGCAAAAGAUUGCCGCUUGGGGGAAGCGGAUUCGCCGAUUUACCGAGAGGUCAAGGCGGUUCAACCAGAAUCGUCUCUUCCAGAGUGAUCAGAAGAGGCUCUACAAAUCAUUGGAGCGACCAGAGGUAUGUGGAGCGGGCCCAGGACCGGAUCAGGCUAACACUGUCGCAUUUUGGCGUGGCCUGUGGUCAGAGCCCGUAAACCACAGCGAGGGCCCUUGGACGGAAGUUGUGGCGAGUCAGUGUGCGAGUAUUACGCCCAUGGACCCCGUCAUCAUAACGCCGGAUGACGUAGCUGAGGCGGUCCGUAGAGCCCCAAACUGGAAAAGUCCGGGACUCGACGGACUGCAUCACUACUGGCUGAAGGGGUUCACGGUGUGUCACGCUGUGCUCGCCCGUCAGUUUCAAGAGGCUCUCAACCAGAAGUCGCUCCCAAGCCUCUUCACUACUGGGAUCACUCAUUUGGUUCCUAAAGACCAGGGCCGCUGCCUGGGGGGUCGCCGGGGCGCGUCUGGAGCUGGCGCUGGACGCGGCAGCAUGCGGGCCGCCAGCCGAGCGCGAGGAGCUGCACGAUCACCUAGCAGCCCCUCGCAUCCAUCAUCCCCACCAGAAGGCUUGGUGUCGGCUGGGUCUUCUCGGACCCAGCAAGCGGCACCCGCCGCUAGUGGAGCUCGUCGCAUGCGUUGGACAAAAUCCAUGAACGAAAACGCAUUGCGGGCGUACUAUAGGGCGAAAGGGGAAGAAACUGUGGGAAUAGCGUAUAGGUCCCGGAUGCAUUGCUUUUUUGCUGAGCUGGAGCCGUCUAUCCCCGUCACGGAACAAAACCUGGCAGACCGAGUUCGGUACAUCAUGCGCUCGAAAAUAUUUGAUGAUGCCGAACUCGAACGACUACGACGUGAGGCUAUUCCGUCGUCGAAUGAAUCGGCUAUGGCUGGAGAUGCAGCUCCACAUUCGACAGACCAGCAUCCACACGUGGAAGCCGCCAUGGAUCUUCCAGUUGUGGUUGAUUCGAACGACGAUGAAAUAGUCUCCCAUGAACUAGAGCAAAUGAGGAGUAUAUUGAAAGAGGCGAUUUUGGAAACGCGCAGCACCCCUCUCGAAAAUCGACCGCGACUUCCCCGCAUACCCUUAAGCAAGCGAAAUCGGGCUGUCGUGAGGGCUCUUAACCCAAUGCUGGUGACCUAUUUGGAAGCCAGCCGGGACCUUUGCGAGACGGACUCGAUUCUCUUUGGCGCCGCAGUGGCAGUUUGCCGUAUUAUUGGCGCCAAACUUACCAUGGCUGGACGCGCUACUACACAAAGUAACGUCAUCCCAGCCUGGAGGAAAAGAAUCGAGGACCGUAUCACAAAGGCAAGGGCCCUUAUCGGCAGACUGACAAGCUUCAGGUCGGGUAAUAAUAGACCGAGGAUUAUGCGCACCGUUAGGAUGGCGUUUGCUGGGACAAAUAUCAAUUUGUCCCAGCCGGAUAUCACGCAGAAACUAACGGAGCGCAUAGACGACCUGAAGCAAAAGAUCGCUGCUUGGGGGAAGCGGAUUCGACGAUUUUCCGAGGGGUCAAGGCGGUUCAACCAGAAUCGUCUCUUCCAGAGUGAUCAGAAGAGGCUCUAUAAAUUAUUGGAGCGGCCAAAGGUAUGUGGAGCGGGCCAAGGACCGGAUCAGGCUGACAUUAUCGCAUUCUGGCGUGGCCUGUGGUCAGAGCCCGUAAACCACAGUGAGGGCCCUUGGAUGGAAGUUGUGGCGAGCCAGGGUGCGAGUAUUACGCCUAUGGACCCCAUCACCAUAACGCCAGAAGACGUGGCUGAGGCGGUCCGUAGGGCCCCGAACUGGAAAAGUCCGGGGCUCGACGGGCUGCAUCAUUAUUGGCUGAAGGGGUUCGUAGUGUGUCACGCUGUGCUCGCCCGACAGUUUCAAGAGGCUCUCGACCAGAAGUCACUCCCGAGCCUCUUCACUACUGGGAUCACUCACUUGGUUCCUAAAGAUCUGGAACUAAGGAACCACUCCUUAUUGACGCGGUCAUGGGCAAAGUGGUGA